AUGCAGCACCCAUGCCUGGAAGAUCAUUGGGUGACUAUACUAGGCCAGUCUAUAAUCAAGGACUGUCAAGUGUAUACCUCCACCCAUAGUAGCAAACAACUUCGAAUUGAAGCAAGGCUUGCUUCAAAUUAUCCAAACAACUGCAUUUUUAGAGGGAAGGUGAACGAAGAUUCUAAUACUCACUUGAUGGAGUUUGAAGAAAUCAUGAACACCUUCCAAUACAAUGGAGUAUCAAAGGAUGCAGUCUACUUUAGGGAAUUCCCCUUUUCAUUGAAAGAUGACGCGAACCAACAACUUCGUAGCUUACACACAGGUACGAUCAAGACGUGGGAAGAUAUGACCAAGAAGAUUCUUGACAAGUACUUCUCAGCUGCAAAAACAGGGAAGCUCAGAAAGGAAAUCCACAAUUUCUAUCAGAAGACAAAAAACGGUUUCCGAAGUUUGGGAAAGAUUCAAGGAGAUAGUCAGAAAUGGCCGGCUGAGAGUAAUGAUAGAAGAAAAUCAAUUGGGAUUCGCCAGGUGGACUCUAACACAUCCAUGCAAGCCCAGCUAGACACCAUGGCCAAAGAGAUAAGAAAGCUGACAUUAGCCAAGGUACAGAGUGAGCCGCAAACAGCAUGUGACUUUUGUGGAUUAAGAUACCCUACACAUGGGUGUCAAGCAUCAGCUGAGGAAGUCAACGCUGUGGGGAAUUUAAUAGAGGAAACUACCAAGGUGGGAACAACUAUAAUGCUAUGGGUCAAAGACAUCCAGCAAAAUAAUCUCAGACCCCAGGGUCAAGGACCACCAGGUUUUCAAAACCAGCAGAGGCAGCAAUACCAGCCACAACAGUCAAAUCAGUCUAAUAUGGAAGAUCUCAUGAAGAUUGCAAAUUUGUUAUCUGAGAGGGCUCCCGGGUCUUUACCCUCUGACAUUGAAAAGAACCCAAAGGAAACAAUCAAAGUUGUAUCUCUAAGAAGUGGCAAAACAUUGGCUGACCCAAUGGUGAAAGCAAGACCCGAGGUGGUGAACAAGCAGGCCGAGACACUGGAAGAGAAAAAUAGUGAAGAGCAGAAAGGCCAGAGUAGUGGGUUACAAAAGGAGAUUGAAGAAAGUAGACAUAUGCCAGCUCUACCAUUCCCUCAAGCAACUUUAUAUGAACAUUCCGUUCACAGAGGUACUCACUCAGAUGCCUGCUUAUGCAAAGUUCUUGAAGAAAUCCUAUCUAGCAAGAGAAAAUUAGAGGAGACAACAGUGGUCAAGCUGAAUGCCCACUGCAGUGCCAUAUUGCAAAAUAAAAUUCCCCAAAAGUGUAGGGACCGAAGAAGCUUCCCCAUACCAUGCUCAUUGGGGAAUGAGAAAUUCGACAAGGCCCUUUGUGAUUCUGGUGUGUCUAUAAAUGUAAUGCCUUUAUCUGUAUUCAGGAAACUAGAAGGUGAGCUUGGAGUGAUCAAAUCAAUACCAUCUAGCAUAGUAAAGGAUGAAGAUCCUGAAAUAAAGAAAGAGGCUGAAGCUCUUGAAACUAAGGAUCAAGUGGUUGAUAAGGAGGAACUAAAAGAGGAGGCUUCUAAGCCUAAUGUGGAAUUGAAAGUCCUCUCCACUUACUUGAAAUAUGCUUUUCUUGAAACUAACAAUUUUCCUGUGAUUAUUUCUGCUUACUUGACAGGUACACAAGAUCAAAAGCUGGUGGAGCUGCUGAAAAAGCACAGAAGGCCAUUAGCUGGAAUAUAA